UUUCUUAACAUAAUAUCAAUAGUAAUGUCAAUGAAAUCACUUUUAAUUAUGUCCGUGCCAGUUAUAUUGUGAUGGCUGCCAAAAAUUUUGAACCUGUUAGAGAGAUGAAUGUGUUAUGUUCCUACAAUAACAUCUCGUUCAUCCGAGCAGAUGAGUCAGGUGGUAAUGAUAAUAUGUAUGAUGGCAAUGGUGCCACCAGUAUUGAGUACCAUACCCAGUAGGAAGUUCACCAAAUGGGACAACACAAAAGUGGAAAUAGGGACAGUAUUGGUGUCCAAAAAGGUAAAAACAAACAUAGAGUGCGGUGCCAUCUGUAGCAUCAAGAACUGCCUCGACUACACCCUCACCACCUCCAGCCUAUGCACCACCUAUUCUUCUAUCACCCACACCAUUGCUGAUGCUAAGACACGACUCUAUACUGCCUACAGGUUGCUGGGUGAGGCAUGCAGAGAUGACUCUCUUUGUGCUGGAAUAUCACAUGCUGCCUGCGUGGAGGGCACCUGUAGCUGUGCGGCUCCAGCCUUUCCUGAUGACAAAGGGACCUGUACAAUCUAUAACCUUGGAGAGUCCUGCAGUAGUGAUGAGCAAUGUCAGGAAGCAGUAAGUGACACAGUUUGUUCUGCAGGCACCUGCCAGUGCAUCUAUGGCCUUACUCCUGACUUCACCAACAAUACUUGCUUGUACACUGCGGCAGCAAAGUGGGAGGCCUGUGCUGUAGACACUCAGUGCACUUUGACAAAAUAUACUGUAUGCUCCAAUGACACAGAAAGCGUCUGUGUCUGUGCCCCUGGAGCCUUUGAAGCAGAAGACUACUGUUGGGCUUGAUGCGGUCCUUCAAUAGGCAGGGGUUGGUGACAUGUGUCUUAGCCUUGCAUUUCAAGGGAUCUUCUGUUACCAGGCUGCAUUACUAGGUCUGUGGUAUGUCCUACCUGUCAAUUUUCUUGUUUGUGUUUCUCUGUGGUCCUGUUGGUCACAUGG